UCGUCCUUUUUUCGACCCCUGUGAAUAUACCAAAGGAAACCCCGUUUGUUCGUUCUUUCCCAAGAUGGCCCCGAAGGCGAAGAAGGAGGUUGUACCGGCCAAGACAGAGGCCAAGUCCAAGGCCCUGAAGGCCAAGAAGGCAGUGCUGAAGGGUGUCCACAGCCACCGGAGGAAGAAGAUCCGCACUUCUCCCACUUUCCGACGACCAAAGACCCAGCGUCUGAGGCGGCAGCCUAAAUAUCCCAGGAAGAGCGCUCCUCAUAGGAACAAGUUGGACCAUUAUGCCAUCAUCAAAUUCCCCCUGACCACUGAGUCAGCCAUGAAGAAGAUCGAGGACAACAACACCCUGGUGUUCAUUGUGGACGUCAAGGCCAACAAGCAUCAGAUCAAGAAUGCGGUGAAGAAACUGUACGACAUCGACGUGGCCAAAGUUAACACGCUGAUCAGGCCCGAUGGCGAGAAGAAGGCAUAUGUCCGUCUUGCCCCAGAUUACGAUGCACUGGAUGUUGCUAACAAGAUUGGCAUCAUCUAAACUGUUCAUCGCUGAAUGUACAGCAGAAUAAACAUUUAUUAAAAUACUG